UUUUUGCAUCGUCAAAAUUUUCUUUCAAAACCAACCAUGGAAGGUCCUGAUUUCGAGCAGAAACGAAAAAAUCUCUUCGCAUGUCUCGAUGAAGCGGAAAAAUCGAUCAACUCGUCAUUGGCACAAAAAUCCACAAUCACACUGGAUCAAUUAACGGCGCAACCUUACAGAAGAGGAGGAGGCAGCAGCAGCAACAACGACAACAAACGCAAAUCUGUGAUCCGAAGUCAUUCGUCGCGCAAGGAAAGCAUCUUUAAGCGUCCUGAAUUGCCGAUUGAAAAAUGCAUGCCGAUGCGAAAAAUCCCCGAUUACCGCAAAAAUCCACACAAAUGGAAGAAAUACUCGCUCGAGGACGCCGAUUGCUCCGACAGGACCAACACAGCUGCUGCAUUUAAUUUUUUGCGUGAAAUUGAGCGACGAAAGGAAGACGAAGCAGAUCAACGAAUGGACGAAGAAAAACCAUCAAAAAUUGUUUUUAAAAAAUCCGUCAAAUUGAGAACGGAAGAAGAGUCAACAGACAGCAGUGAAGGUUCAAAACUCAAAGGAUCGAAAGUUGUGAUGCCCGAAUAUGUCGUGGGACAGAAAAAAGUUAAGAAAACCGAAAAAAGAGGAAAAUCCGAGAAAUCGAACUCAUCAAAACAAUUAAAAUUGGACCAUUUAAUGGAUGACGAUGAAGAAGACGAAACUUAA